AUGCUCUUUGAAACGGGUUUAAGCUUCAUAGGGUCAGCCUUGAUAACUUUGCAGACAGAGCCAUCAUCAAGUAGUACAGUCACGUUAUCCACAACAUCAUCAACUCUACCUAGCCAUGGCCCAUAUACUACGUAA